AUGGCCGCCCAAACCCCCAGAAAGCAGGUCCGUGUCGGCGUCAUGAUGGAAAACAUCCAGCUCGCCGACAUCAUCGGCAUUGACAUCCUCAACAACCUGUCGGCCCUGACCCCCGAGAUGCAGGCGGAGAUGGUUGCCUCCAACAUCCCUGUUGAGGCCUUCGCCAAGUAUGACAGUCACUUUCUCGACAUUGAGUUCUUCUACAUGUCAACCACGCUCGAGCCGGCUCCCACAACGCCCUCGCUCCGCUGGCUCCCCAACGUCACCUACGACGACUGUCCGCGUGACCUCGACAUUGUCAUCACGGGCGGGCCGUACCCGUCUCACCGCCCGGCGGCCGCCAACAGGUUCAUGAAGGAGGCCUUCCCCAAGACGAGGAUCUGGAUGACAACUUGCACGGGCUCCAUGUGGCUCGCGAGCAGCGGCGCAUUGGAUGGGAAGAAGGCCACGACGAACCGCAACUUCCUGGCCGGUGCGAAGCAGAUGUAUCCGGCUGUUGAAUGGGUUGAGCAGCGGUGGGUCGUAGAGGACAAGGUGUACGAGGGCGAGGGCAAGGGCGAGGUUUGGACGGCGGGUGGUGCUGGCGCUGGCAUCGACAUGGUGGUCGACUACUGCCUGAAGAACUUUGAUCCUCAAUUCGUGCAGGACGUGUCGUUGACGUCCAUCGACUUUGGACCCAACACGCCUAGAGGGCAAUUUUACUGA